AUGGCUACUGCUAUGAGAAGCACUACAGGAAAGGAUAUGUGUGAUAUGUGUUCUCCGAAACAAGUUGUUGCCAUUACAUCCUGUAAAGGCUGUUUGAAAGAUAUGUGUCGUAAACAUUUCAAUGAACAUCGUGAGAAACUUUUCAAAGAUUUACAUAACGUCUUUGAUCUUCAUGAUAAUCUUCUGCAAGAACUACAACUUACAAUUAAUCGUGCAUCAAAAUCAUCGGUCAAUGAUAAAGCUCUUGCUUUUUUAAUACAAAUUGAUGAAUGGAAAGCAAGAACAAUCGAGCGUGUUUCGCAAGCAGCUAACGAAGCACGUACAAAUGUUGAACGCUUGUUUAGUAGAAAAAUCGAAUAUGAGCAAUUGAAGCAAUUGAAGCAAAAAGUUGACGAAAUUACGAAAGAGUUAAAGGAACAGCAAGAAUCAGAAAGUUUUGUGGAAAUUGAUAUCGAUUAUUGGAUGAAACAAUUGAAACAACUAAAAACCGAUCUUAAUCGACCAUCAAAAGUCGACACUAAUCCUCCAGUUCUUCAAAUACAAAAUGUUGAUUGGAAUUCAGUUAUCAAGGUCUCAUCUCCUAAUGAACUGGAGAAAGGUAUGUAG